ACACUGCGGAGAAAUACAGUGAGGAGCACAGUAGUGUUUAGCCUUUCUCGCCCGCCUCCAGCCACCCCUAUUCAGUGGCGACCGUCCAUUUCCUCUCUCCUGUGGUGCUAGCGCAAUCGCCGUUCCGACUCACACAGCCAUGGCCGACCAACUAACAGAAGAGCAGAUCGCUGAAUUCAAGGAGGCCUUCUCCCUGUUUGAUAAAGAUGGAGAUGGCACCAUCACCACCAAAGAGCUGGGCACCGUUAUGAGGUCACUGGGUCAAAACCCAACUGAAGCUGAACUACAGGACAUGAUCAAUGAGGUGGAUGCAGAUGGCAAUGGAACCAUUGACUUUCCUGAGUUUCUGACAAUGAUGGCAAGGAAGAUGAAGGACACUGACAGUGAAGAGGAGAUCAGGGAGGCAUUCAGAGUCUUUGACAAGGAUGGCAACGGAUAUAUUAGUGCAGCAGAGCUGCGUCAUGUGAUGACUAACCUGGGAGAGAAGCUGACGGACGAGGAAGUAGAUGAGAUGAUCAGAGAAGCCGACAUUGAUGGAGACGGACAGGUCAACUAUGAAGAGUUUGUUCAGAUGAUGACCGCCAAAUGAACUGGGCUCAGAUUAAGACAGUCAUGUUUCACUUACCUCUUAUUGCAAAAAUCUACAUAUAAUCAUACUGUUCUGUAUAGAAAAUUUAAACUGAAUGUUGGAAAAAUGAAAAUCUGUCCAUAUAAAGUUCAAAAAAGGUAAAAGACAAAGAAAAAAAAAACCUAAAUUAAUCUGCAUGUACUGGCUUGUAUUCCUUGCCCCCCCCCCCCCCCCAGCACUGAGCUGCCCAAUCAGAUCUCAGCUUGUUAGACAAGCAGCCUCUGUGCAGUUGGCUGGUUUGGCCACUGCUCCUCUGCUUCCUGGUUCCAUCUGCCUGAUAUGAUUAUUUGGGCUGGCCAAUUGCCUUUCUUUUAUGACUUACCUUGUUUUCUUUUUUCCCCACCGUUCUUCGUGCAUGCAGCGUUACAUGGGUUACUGUCGAGAGCCCAGUGGCAGAGGGCUGUUGUUGGUUCUCAGGUCACCCGAGGCCCACAGAGGAGGGAGGGAGGGGUGGUUUUAGAGGGAUGGAAGUGAGUGAACCAGCGGUUUGCUCCUAAAUUAAGUCAGUGAUGGCAGAUAUUUUUAAGAAAAAAUUAAAAAAUGGAAUAAACAACUCAUUUUAGAUCUUGUGUUUUGGCAUGUCAGUUUACUCACUUAAUCCUCUGUGUGUUUACCUUUUUUGAGGGUGAAGCUGGGGUGGGGCGUAGACUUAAGGCCCUUCAACGGUGGCUAUGUCUUAGACUAUUUGAGGGGUUGGGUGGGUUUAAAAGAUGAUUAAGUACAAGUACAAUAACUGAGGCAAUAUCAGUAUCGAUGUACCACGUUUACCAGUACAAGUAUUAGUUGGAGGUUUACACACAUUUAUAACAUGGUUAAAAUAAAGAUGUGUCAUUCUCACUGAAGCGUGCCCAGGUACUGCAUAUUGCCUCAAAGGCUGUGCCUGUAUAACUGUAUGGGGGUGUGUUUCACAUUAGUUGGGACAGGGUCGGAGCUUUGCAGCAUUUCAAUCUUGUGUUUGUGUGCGAGUUUGCCUGUGUGUGCGUGUGUUGUUGUGUGUGGGUGCAGCGAGGCCCGGCCCAGUCCAGCUGUUCUGUUUGGUUCAGUUGAUCUGCAUUCCAAGUUGUACAUGCUAGUCUUUACAUUUUGUUUUUCCAAUAAAAUACCAUGAACUAA